AUGGAACAAACAGUAAAUGAAGAAUCAAUGGAUGUCAAGAAGGACAAUCAAGAGAAAGCUACUCACCCAUGUACAUCUUCUGUGCAAAGCAAUUAUUUUGAUUGGGACAAGUAUUUGGAAGAGACUGGAUCUGUAAAGGCCCCUUCAGAAUACUUUAGACAGUCUAAGAUUCCACCAACUAACGAAUUCCAAGUCGGUAUGAAAUUGGAAGCCCGUGACCCUCGCAAUUCUGCUUCAGUGUGUAUUGCUUCUGUUAUUGGAACUGCUGGAGCCAGAUUACACUUACGACUGGAUGGUAGUGACAAUAAGAAUGAUUUUUGGAGACUUGUUGACUCAUCAGACAUACAGCCUAUUGGGACAUGUGAACAAAGAGGAGAUAUACUUCAGCCUCCAUUGGGAUACAGAAUGAACGUUACAUCAUGGCCCAUGUUCUUAGUGCGGACACUAACUGGAUCUGAACUGGCCCCCUCAAUGUUCUUUAAGAUGGAACCACCACCGAUCCCCCUAAAUAAAUUUAAAGUUGGGAUGAAAAUUGAAGCUGUUGAUAGAAAAAAUCCCUUUAUGAUCUGUCCUGCCACAAUUGGAGCUGUCGAGGGAGAUCAGAUUCAUGUUACUUUUGAUGGAUGGAAUGGAAAAUUUGAUUAUUGGUGUAAAUAUGACUCCCGGGACAUCUUCCCAGUUGGAUGGUGUCACCUCACAGGACAUGUGUUGCAACCACCAGGAAAAUAUGCUAAGAAAAAACCCAAGGGCAAAAGAGUCACCAAGCCUGGGAAAGACCAAGCUCAAUCUUCCGAUGAUGAAGAAGCAAUUUCAGCUCUUUUCUCAGCACUUACAUUGAAAGAUACAGGGGAAACACAGUCUUCUACCUCUGAGAAAACAAAGUCUUCAACUUCCCAGAAAACAAUUUCUUCCACCUCUGGGAAAACAAAGUCUUCCACUUCUAAAGGAGCUCAAUCUUCAAAGAAGCCUCCACAGAAAAAAACUAUCCUACUGCCAAUACCACAGACCAGCAAGAAAUCAAGACAAACUAAGCCAACUGGAGAUACCUCAGCCACUAAGAAGGACAUCACUAUUAAAAUUGCCCUACCAAAGAAAAGAGGUGGAAAGUCAGAAAAAAAGGAGAAAUGUAUUCCAGUUGUUUGUUCUACAUCUUCAGCUUCUCUGCGUUCACUGAUGAGAAGUUCUUCAUCUAAUAGGUCUUCCGUGGGGCCAUCUAAAAUAGUGAUGUCUACAGUCUGUUUUUAUAUAAAUAAACUUGGAGACUGUGGCCCCUACCUGGAUCCGCAGAAAGUCCAGCAACUUCCAAACCGCUUCGGCCCAGGCCCUGUGAACAUAAUUCUCCGGCGCACUGUGCAGGCCUGUGUAGAUUGUGCCAUUGAGGCCAAGACUGUGUUUUCCUUUCUUAAACCAGACAAUCGUGGAGGAGAAACGAUAACUGCCUUCUUUGAUGGAAUAAACCAUACUGUUGAGCUCCCACCGGUGAACAGUGCAUCAUUUGUGAUUCGCUUUCUUGAAAAUUUCUGCCACAGCCUUCAGUGUGAGAAUUUUUUGAGUAGCCAGCCUUUCAAACCUAAGGCUCAUAUUCAUACCACUACUACAGAUAUUGAUCCAAACAUAUCAGCACUGUCAGUAGACUUGUCCAGCCUGUGGCUUAUGGGUCACAACUGUCCCAGGAUAGCUGAGAAUGUGUUCCAGCAGAUUUGUAAUGACAUCACAUUGCAGUGUCAGAAUGUUAGACACUGCCAGCUGCUACAUUAUCACCAGUUUUACCUGAAUUGA